GCACCGUGACACCAGCCCGCAGCGGUGGUCGCCCGCGUGGUUUCAUCAAUCUGCUGGGUCUCCUGGAAGGCGGCAGGACGCCGCCGAAACCCUACCGCUGCACCGAGUGCGGCAAGACCUUCGGGCAGAGCUCCAACCUGAUCGAGCACCAACGGACCCACACGGGCGAACGUCCCUUCACCUGCGGCCAAUGCGAGAAGAGCUUCAGCCGCAGCUCCACCUUGGCCGAACACCUCCGGACCCACACCGGCGAAAAACCCUACGCCUGCCCGGUUUGCUCCCGCGCCUUCAGCCGCAGCUCCACCUUGACCGAGCAUCGCCGAACCCACACCGGCGAAACGCCUUACGCCUGUCCCGAAUGCGGCAAGACCUUCGGACGGAACUCCAACUUGGUCAAACAUCUCCGGACCCACACCGGGGAGAAACCCUACGGUUGCAGGCGUUGCGGCAAGACCUUCGGCCUCAGUUCCAACUUGGUCAAGCACGAGAGGACCCACACCGGUGAAAAACCUUUCUCCUGCGGGCAAUGCGAGAAACGGUUCAAGAAGAAGACCCACUUAGCGUCCCACCAACGGACCCACACCGGCGAGCGACCGUACCGUUGCGGGGAAUGCGGGAAGGCUUUUGGGCAGAGCUCCACCCUCAUCGAGCACCAGAGGACCCACACGGGCGAAAGACCGUUCCGGUGCGGCGCUUGCGGCAAGAGUUUCUGCGUCAGCUCCAACUUGGUCAAGCACCAACGCAUCCACACCGGCGAGAAACCUUACGGUUGCGGGCGCUGCGGCAAACGUUUCCGCUACAAGCCCCAGUUCACCCGUCACCUGAAGUUACUGGGAGCCCUUUUGCAGACCUACGCCGAGAUGGACCCCACCACGGCGGCGCUGGAGAAGGAGCACGAGGCAAUCACAAAAGUGAAGUACGUGGACAAGAUCCACAUAGGACACUUCGAGAUCGACGCCUGGUAUUUCUCCCCGUUCCCCGAGGACUACGGGAAGCAGCCCAAGCUCUGGAUCUGCGAAUAUUGCCUCAAAUACAUGAAGUUCGAGCGCACCUACCGCCUCCACCUGGGCCAGUGCCAGUGGCGGCAGCCGCCGGGACGGGAGAUCUACCGCAAGAGCAACAUCUCCGUCUACGAGGUGGACGGCAAAGACCACAAGAUCUACUGCCAGAACCUCUGCCUGCUGGCCAAACUCUUCCUCGACCAUAAAACCCUUUAUUUCGACGUGGAACCUUUCGUUUUCUACCUCCUCACCGAGGUGGACCGACAGGGCGCCCACAUCGUCGGCUACUUUUCCAAGGAGAAGGAAUCGCCCGACGGCAACAACGUCGCCUGCAUCCUGACGCUGCCGCCCUACCAGCGCCGGGGUUACGGCAAAUUCCUCAUCGCCUUUAGUUACGAGCUAUCCAAGCUGGAAAGCACGGUGGGUUCCCCAGAGAAACCGCUGUCGGACCUGGGGAAGCUGAGCUACCGCAGUUACUGGUCCUGGGUGCUGCUGGAGAUCCUGAGGGACUUUCGGGGCACCUUGUCCAUCAAGGAUCUCAGCCAGAUGACCAGUAUCACCCAGACCGACAUCAUCAGCACCCUCCAGUCCCUCAACAUGGUCAAGUACUGGAAAGGGCAACACGUCAUCUGCGUCACCCCCAAACUGGUGGAGGAACACCUCAAAAGCGCCCAGUACAAGAAACCACCCAUCACCGGUACGUAA